AUGAGUCCCUACGUGAGAAAAGCAGCUGCUUUAGGUAUCAUUAAAGUAUUCAGACAAAAUCCAGAUGAACUCGGAGCAGAAUGUGCUGAUUUAAUCGGAGAAUUAUUGAAGGAUAACAAUACUAUGGUUUUGGGAGCCGCAGUUCACGCUUUCAAUGAAGUCUGUCCAACCAACUACUCAUUGAUUCACCCAGUAUUCAGAAAACUGUGCCGAUUCUUGUUGAUUGUGAUGAAUGGGGACAAUGUUCAAUUAUGCAAAUGUUGUUACGGAGCAGAGAUGGAACUUGAUCAAGAUCACAGAUUAUUAUUGAAAUCAACAGCUCCUUUAUUGAAAACUAACAACAGCGCUGUUGUUUUAAUGGUGGUCGAUUUACAUUUCUAUUUGGCACCUAAACAAGAAUUUGCUUUGAAAUGUGUCGCCCCAUUAUUGAGAAUUUUGAGAUUUUAUCGUGAGAAUGCAUACAUUGGGUUAAUGUCUGUCUCAACCAUCGCAAGAGAACGACCAGAAAUUUUUGCAAAUCACCUGAAGGAUUUCUUUAUUUAUUCAACAGAUCCAGCCUAUGUAAAGAAUCUCAAAUUAGAGAUUUUGUCACUUCUCGCCACUGAUGAAACAGUUCACAGUAUUCUGAAAGAAUUCAGAACUUAUGUCAAAUUCCCCAACGAACAAGACUUUGUUAACAAUACUGUUAGAGCCAUGGGAAGAGUGGCAUCAAGAAUUCCUGAAGUUGUAGAAUCAUGUAUUGGUACAUUGAUGAAUUUAAUUACAAAGGGAUCAGAUACAAUUGUGGCAGAAUCCAUUAUUGUCAUUCAUCAACUCUUGCAACAAAAUCCUGAAGAUAACAAGAAAAUUAUUUUGCAAAUGGCCAUUUUGUUGGAUGAUAUCAAAAUUCCAGUUGCCAGAGCAAGCAUUGCCUACAUGAUUGGAGAAUAUAUUGACUAUCUUCCUUCAAAGGAGGGUAUUGGCAUUGGCGUUGCUGCUGAUGCUCUACGUAUUUUAGCCAAGGAUUUUGUCAAGGAAGAUGACUUGGUCAAAUUGCAAGCUUUGAAUUUGAGUACCAAAUUGUAUUUGAAGGUUGCCAAUACCGCUGACGUUAAAAAGUCAGAGCAAAUCAAUUUAUUGAUUCAAUAUGUUUUGAACUUGGCUCGAUAUGACCAGAGUUAUGAUGUUCGUGAUCGUGCCAGAUUUAUGAGAAAUAUUUUAUUCAAUCCAAAAGGACUUGUAUCUACUUUGCAUGAAAAAUCGGACGAUAUUUUCGGAGCCAACACCAAAACAUCCAUUUCACUUAACAGCAAGUUUGUUGAGGACCGUGCUAGAUUUAUUUUAGGUACAUUGUCACACAUUCUAAACCAUUCUACAGAUGGCUAUUUGCCUCUUCCUGAUUUCCCACCAGAAACUCUCAACUACGAAGACAGAAAUGUUUUGGCAUCGACUGACGUGCAAGCUGAUGUUGGUGCUAUUGGAGAGACAUCCUCAGAUUUAUUCUCUGGAGAUAUCGACGACUUUUAUGGUGAAGAAGAGGAAGAAGAAGAAGAGGAUGAUGAAUUGGAGGGAGAUGCUGAAUUUGAGGAAGAGGAAGAGGAAGAAGAGGAAGAGGAUGAUAUUGACAACUUUUAUGGCGAAGAAGAAGAAGAAGAGGAAGGUGAGGAAGAGGAAGGCGAAGAAGAAGAGGAAGAAGAAGAGGGUGAAGAAGAAGAAGACGAAGAAGAGGAAGAAGAAGAAGAGGAGGAAGAGGAGGAGGAAGAAGAUGAUGAAGAAGAAUUCAUGAAGCCUUCAUCGAGCUCCAAAUCAGCUGUAAAAACACCAACAAGCGCCAAAAAGCCAACCACUACCACCUUUGAUUUUUACUAG